GGCUCGCCCACGAUUACAAUAUUAUUUAGCCGAGGCCCGAGAGUCAAACCCACAUACGGCAAAUAUCAUUGCAUUCGCAGCGUAUCCUGGCUCGGGCGCUCAGAAGUUGCAGCUACCGUCGGUCCGGAAGCGAGUUUGGUCGUUGUCUAUUGUCUUGAUUCCCUGAAUAGGAAUAACGUCAGUUUGACUUCAUCUGGACUCCGAUCCCUGCAAGUGCUUCUGGCUCCUCGAUAAUAUCCCUAGCGUGCACCUCCUAAGCCUUCUCCGCGAACCGCCAGUUGUUAACUUGGUGGUUCAAGCACACACGCAAUGGCUUCAUCUGAUACACAGGACAUUCUUAAUCAGAUAUUGCAUAAGUUAGAGUCACUGACGCUUCAAAAUGCCGUUCUACAAGCUAAGGUCGAAUCAUUAACGGGAGGCUCAGUGCCAUCCACGCCCCCCAAUCUGGUGGGAGGCAUUCCGAUCUCCAAUGCUCAUCCCCGAUCGAGUUCGCCAACGGCAUUACCUUCGCCGACUUUCCAGACCUUGCCUUCUCUAUACCCUCAGCGUGUCAUUAUCACCACCUAUCCCGACCAGUCAGGCAUUCGUCCGACGCCUCUACAAUGGGGGGCGAAAGACCCACUCAUUCGCGGACCCGUUGUCUGCUCACGCAAUCCUUCCUCCAUUAAGGUCCGAAACGCAAUCGGCGCCCACUCGGGCUCCUAUAGCAUUUACCGUGCCCUAGCAGUAGGAAUGGGUGCUCUCAAUAUGGACUAUAAGCCCGACUACAAUCUCACCCAACCACCUGUGGAUUUCCCUCCUCAACCAUCUUGGUUCGAUGCGUCUAAGAUCGUUGCUUUCGACCCAUGGGGCCACGUUGUUCCCCAGGUGUUCAAGAAGGACAUGGAUGCAGGACUGAAUGUCAGGCCAAGCAUUGCCAUCACGAAGGCGCAUAUAAAGCUCAGCGAGAUUGAUCAUCCGCUCCCAAAUUAUUCCUUGCCAGUGGAUGGGACGUUCGUGCUGCGAUCAAGGCCUCUAUUGAAUGAAGAUGGAAGCGUGUUAGAAGUAGACCCUGGUGUUGAGCUACCCGUCGUGAAGGCUGCCGUUGAACCAGUUUGGUAUCUUCCUGGGGUGGCGGGGAGAUUCGGAAUGACGGAAUCUUUACUCCGCCGCGCCCUAUUCGAGGAGACCGGUGGAAUGUAUCCUGAACUUAUCACCCGCCCCGAUAUCAAAGUUUUUCUUCCACCUAUUGGAGGACUGACGGUGUACAUUUUCGGAAACCCGGCUUAUAUGAGUGAUCCAUCUAAAGAACUCACCCUACGUGUACAUGAUGAAUGUAACGGCUCGGACGUCUUCGGAAGUGAUAUCUGCACUUGCAAGCCAUACCUCAUUUUUGCCAUAAUGGAGUGUGUCCGUACGGCUCAACGUGGCGGUGUUGGUGUCGUCGUCUACUUCAGGAAAGAAGGGCGGGCGUUAGGCGAAGUCACCAAGUAUCUCGUAUAUAAUCUCCGCAAACGCGGCGGCGACAGCGCGGAUCGCUACUUCAAGUCUACAGAAUCCGUCGCUGGUGUGAAAGAUAUGCGUUUCCAGGCCUUGAUGCCCGACGUAUUACACUGGCUUGGUAUCACCAAGAUCCAUAAUAUGGUCUCGAUGAGUGACAUGAAAUACAAUGCUAUCGUGGAUUCCGGCAUCCCCAUCCUUAAGCGAUACGAUAUUCCAGAACAUCUUAUCCCUCCAGAUUCGCGUGUUGAGAUCGAUGCAAAGAUUGCUGCUGGCUAUUUCACGAGCGGUAGGAAGAUCACUGAAGAAGAUCUCAAGAACACUGUCGGAAGAGCUUGGGAGGAUACGGAGCAUUGACAUUGUGCCUUGUUUUGAGAGAGGUAGAAUGCUUCGCCUCACUAUGUUGUCAAAGGAAUUGUGGCACCCUCAGGGGAUUUACUUUUUUUUAUACAUGUUAUUUUGAUCUCAUUGACUGUCUUGCAUGCGUGCGUUAUCAGCGGUACGGAGAAUGUCUGGACACGAUAUCGUAGGUUGUCAGAUAUCAUGUAAAUACAGGGAAGAUAGAGGCGGAGAGAGGGAUGACGAGACUUGCCUGGACACGAUAUCGUAGUUCGCCAGACAUAGUGCGCCUGACAUGCCUAGUGUGCUUAUACUAAGGCGGAGCACGAGUUAACUUCAAGUUGCGGGUCACCCGUAUCCGAACCUACAAAUAGUACUGAAGCUCAAUCAGUCACUCGUACCCGCAGGUUUUUUGGGUUUUGAGCAUAUAUACAAUGUC